AAAAUCUUCUUUCCCCAGUACUCGGUCUUCCCUUCGCUCCUCAUACACCUACCCAGCAUCAUGACUCUAUCGAUUGAGGAAAUCUCCGACCGCCUGGAGAUCCAAGACAUCUACACGCGCUAUGUCCAUGCGGCUGACGAUCGCGAGUCCCUGGAUAAUAUUUUCUUACCCGAUACAACAUUCGACUGGACCUCAGCCGGUGGGGGGGUGAUGACGUACAAGGAGGCUAAGGAAGGACCCGUGUUCACUGGCAAGCUGCUUCCCUGGGCUUUCCACAUUUACACGAACGUCAGAAUCGAUGUUUUGGAAGGAAGACAGAAAGCAGUGGUGAAAGUCAAAGCCGUCAACCCGAGCGGCCUUGAGGAUAAGCAAGGGGAGCCAAUGAUGUUCCAAACUCAUGGAACCUAUACUGACCAACUGGAGAAAACUGUCGAUGGUUGGCGCAUCACGGACCGAAUAUGGCAUGAGUUCAGUGUCGUUGGACCCUUCAAGAAGAUUGAUGGCAUUCCUGGUAUGCUAGAAUCUGCUGGGAAAAACUGGACCGGUUAG